AUGGAGGACACCGAAAACGAUAGACAAUGCGAUCGGGACCAUUGCCUCCGAGAAGUGACUGCUGUGUUUCCAGACAUUUGCCCACAGUACCUUGAAACGGUCGCCGCACCCUUGAAUUUCAGCCCCCAGUACACAAUCAACUAUAUCCUCGAUCUUCCAGAAUCAGGAAGAACCUUCGAAAAGCGAGAAAAGCCUAAAAAGACAGUCGGAAACAUGAAGCGUGACGAUAAUGAACAGAAUGAUGACCUUGAAGAGAAAUUGUGCAAGGACAGGCGCCUGUACACUUCCGAUGAUCGAGAACAACCAGCCUUAGAAAACCAACCUGAAGCGAGAAAAAUGAUUGCUGGAGACUUUCCCUUGGUCACUAUGAAGAUUGUCAGAGAGUUUCUCUCAGACCAUAAAUACAGUCUUUAUUUUGCGUAUCUUGCCCUCGACAAGACUAUUAGACAACAACCAGAUCAGCCUUUAUCUUGGAUUCCAAAAAAGAAGGCCUCAUUACUAGCAUCGGAAUACGACGGAAAGAAUAUCGAGGAUACAAUCAAGGCCACUGGAGUCCAGCAAGACAUCGAGCUAAUGGAGGAACUCAGGGCUGCUAGACUUGCUCGACGACAGGCAGAUUUGAAUAGACAGAAGGAGAUCGAAGCCCUGGAGGCAGAGAAAGAAAAAUUUGAAGAGGCACAAGCCAAAGGCGAAACAAAAGACUGCGAGUGUUGUUUUAACGAAAUUCCACGCAAUCGGCUCGUUCAUUGCGACGGUGAGAAAGCUCACUCCUUUUGCAUUUCAUACGCUCGCCGGAACGCCGAGAACCAGGCUGGCCUCUCGAAAUAUAAACUGAAGUGUUUGUCCACGGAAGGCUGCUCGGCUGGCUUUUCUCUCCGAGAACGGAAGAAGUUCUUGGUCGAGUCACUGGCUUAUGCUCUCGACGUAAUUGAGCAGGACGAGAACCUUCGACUGGCCGAGUUGCCUGGUCUUGCCAGGUGCCCCUUCUGUCCCUAUGCAGAAGAGUACCCGUCAGUUGCCAAAAACAAAGAGUUCGUUUGCCGAAAGCCCGGCUGCAUGAUCACAAGUUGUCGUCUUUGCAACUUGAAAACUCAUAUUCCCAAGACUUGCAAGGGGGCAGUUGUAGCAAAGGGGCUUGACGCCAGGCGACAGGUAGAAGAGGCCAUGUCGAAAGCUCUUAUCCGCAAUUGCAACAAGUUGUUACAUAUGUUCCCGACUUGCGAUUACGACCACUUUGACGAUCAAAAGCGCGGGGGCAGUGUGGGUAAUUGCCUUUUAUUCGAUAAUUGCGAGAAGCGACACCGUGAAGAGGUUGAGGAAGCGGAGAAGAAUGCCAAACAGAAGGUACUGCAGGACAACCCAGUUCUUGAGCUUAAGAUUCUCGACUUCACUAUCUCUUCAGAGAUUGAGAAAGGUGAUUCUCUUCGAAUAAUGAAUCCUGCCGCUACCGCACAGCAAAUGCAUCAAGCAUAUCCAAUGCAUCAGGCACAGCAAAUGCAGCAGGCACAGGCACAGCCAAUAGAUCGGAGACAGGUAUGA